AUGGAAGGAAAGGGUUCCAGGAGACUUGUGCAAGCAGUACUCAUCGUCAUGGCUCAUGAUGAUGAUCGUGUUUUCGCCAGCACAAUUUGUACCGGAUUGUGUUUGAAAGCUUGUAAGAAGACGCUCCCAGACCCUCUCUACUACUGCAAUAUUCUUGGUUGCACAACUUCCAUCUGCACCAACCUCAGCCCUGACUUUUUGGGUGACGGGGCACACUUAGUUGGGAUGGGUGAUUUCAAUGAAGUCCGGUGGCCAAAAGUCCAGCAGCUAAUGGGCCAAAAAGAGCUCUCUCCACAUGCGCACAAGACCAAAAUCUCUCUCCCUCCCAUCCCUCUCUUCUUCUUCCCUCUCUGUGCUCGGAUCACCUGGAUCGCUAGGGUUUCUCUGACUGUGAUCUCGGCCGGAACUCUGCGAAAAUGCCUCUCAGACUGGAAAUCAAGAAAACUUGCUCAAAGAUCAGAGAGAGUAAAAUCUGUGGAUCUACAUCCAACAGAGCCAUGCAGUGUCAGACAAAGGAUAUGGCUGCAUUUUGCAGGAGGCAGCACCCAUGGGAUGGGACCAUGGCUAAGUCUUUUGAGGUCACAGAGUUACCAGGUCAGCCAAUUUAUCGCACGCAAGCAAUGGGUUGUUGCUGGAGCUGAUGACAUGUUCAUUCGUGUAUACAAUUACAAUACAAUGGAUAAAGUUAAAGUAUUUGAGGCACAUACAGACUACAUUAGGUGUGUUGCUGUCCAUCCAACACUCCCAUAUGUGCUGUCAUCAUCUGAUGAUAUGCUUAUCAAGCUCUGGGAUUGGGACAAGGGUUGGGUUUGCACGCAGAUAUUUGAAGGACAUUCCCAUUAUGUCAUGCAAGUGACAUUUAAUCCAAAAGAUACCAACACAUUCGCAAGUGCAUCACUUGAUCGCACCAUAAAGAUUUGGAAUCUAGGUUCCCCAGACCCAAAUUUUACAUUGGAUGCCCAUCAGAAAGGAGUAAAUUGUGUUGAUUACUUUACGGGUGGUGAUAAGCCUUAUCUAAUUACUGGUUCUGAUGAUCACACUGCUAAGGGUCUGAGGAUGGAACAUUCGAAUAUGGCAUUCAACUACUUACAGGCCUUGGAUAAUUGUGUGGGCAUCUACAGGCUUGAGACAACAUUGAAUUAUGGGCUUGAAAGAGUUUGGGCUAUUGGAUACAUGAAGAGUUCAAGGCGGGUUGUAAUUGGGUAUGAUGAAGGAACCAUUAUGGUAAAACUUGGGCGUGAAGUACCUGUUGCAAGUAUGGACAAUAGUGGAAAGAUCAUUUGGGCUAAGCAUAAUGAAAUUCAAACUGUGAACAUUAAGAGUGUGGGAGCUGAUUUUGAGGUUACCGAUGGAGAGAGAUUGCCUUUGGCCGUUAAGGAGUUGGGUACAUGUGAUCUUUACCCUCAGAGCUUAAAGCAUAAUCCCAAUGGGAGGUUUGUUGUUGUUUGUGGAGAUGGAGAGUACAUUAUAUAUACUGCUUUGGCCUGGAGAAAUCGGUCAUUUGGUUCUGCUUUGGAAUUUGCUUGGUCAUCUGAUGGAGAAUAUGCUGUUAGAGAGAGCACAUCUAAGAUUAAGAUUUUCACCAAAAACUUCCAGGAGAAGAGGAGUAUUCGACCUACAUUUUCGGUUGAACAUAUUCAUGGGGGAACUUUAUUGGCGAUGUGCUCAAAUGAUUUCAUAUGCUUUUAUGAUUGGGCUGAAUGCAGGUUGAUUCGGCGAAUUGAUGUAAAUGUGAAAAAUCUCUAUUGGGCUGAUAGUGGUGAUUUAGUGGCUAUUGCCAGUGACACAUCGUUCUAUAUUCUGAAGUACAAUCGGGACAUAGUCUCUUCUUAUUUAGAUAGUGGAAGACCUGUAGAUGAACAAGGUGUUGAAGAUGCAUUUGAGCUUCUCCAUGAAAUGAAUGAACGUGUCAGGACUGGUUUAUGGGUUGGGGAUUGUUUCAUUUACAACAACUCCGCCUGGAGGCUUAAUUACUGUGUUGGUGGCGAGGUAACCACAAUGUUCCAUUUAGACCGACCAAUGUACUUGUUGGGUUAUCUUGCCAAUCAAAGUCGGGUGUAUCUGAUAGACAAAGAGUUCAAUGUAAUAGGGUACACACUACUUCUGAGUUUGAUCGAAUAUAAGACUCUUGUGAUGCGUGGAGACCUUGAAAGGGCGAAUGAAGUUUUACCUUCAAUUCCUAAAGAGCAUCAUAACAGCGUGGCUCGUUUCUUGGAAUCACGGGGUAUGAUAGAGGAAGCACUUGAAGUGGCCACAGAUCCUGAUUACAGAUUUGAGCUAGCCAUACAGCUUGGUAGAUUAGAAAUUGCAAAGGAAAUUGCCACAGAGGUGCAAAGUGAGUCUAAAUGGAAGCAGUUAGGUGAAUUAGCUAUGUCUACUGGAAAGUUAGACAUGGCUGAGGAAUGUUUAAAGCAUGCCAUGGACCUGAGUGGUUUAUUACUGCUCUAUUCUUCUCUUGGGGAUGCUGAAGGAAUAGCAAAACUCGCAACCCUUGCUAAAGAACAAGGGAAGAACAAUGUUGCAUUCCUUUGUUUGUUCAUGUUGGGUCGAUUGGAAGAGUGCCUUGAGUUGCUGGUUGCAAGCAACCGGAUACCUGAAGCUGCUUUGAUGGCUCGAUCUUAUCUUCCAGGAAAGGUCUCAGAGAUAGUAGCUAUUUGGAGAAAAGACCUGAGCAAGGUUAAUCCAAAAGCUGCUGAGUCUUUGGCUGAUCCUGAAGAGUAUCCUAAUUUGUUUGACGAUUGGCAAGUUGCUCUUUCUGUUGAAUCUAGAGCUGCAGAGACAAGGGGUGUUUAUCCUCCUGCAGAGGAGUAUGUAAACCAUGUUGAUAAAGCACACAUCACCCUUGUGGAGGCUUUCCGGAACCUGCAAGUGGAUGAGGAGGAACCUCUUGAAAAUGGGGAAGCAAAUCAUGAGGUUUCUGAACAGAAUGGGGAACAAACUGCCGAGGAACAGACUGCCGAGGAGCAGUAUGGAGAAGAAGGGAGCCAGGAGGAGGCUGUUGUGGUGGAUGCUGAUUCUACGGAUGGUGCUGUACUCAUUAAUGGUAACGAGGCUGACGAAGAGUGGGGUACGAAUAAUGAAGGAACCUCGUCAGCCUAA